AAACAUGUACUUUUGUCUGUAUUUAGCAGUACCACCUCUGGAAAAAAGGGCCCCAAGAAUUCUUUUCAAACCUUUGGUGGGUGAGUAGUGAUGAAAAGUACUGUGUUUAAGUGAGGAAUCUUGUAGAUUUCUUUAUAAUUAAAGGAGGAAUCUUUGAUUUUUUCCACCAAAUUGUUCUUAUUUCUACUUUAAUAAUCAAAGUUAAUCUUUCUCUUCUCUCAUCACCACCAUUGAUCUCAUCAUCUUUUUUUUUAAUCCCAUUUAUUAUUUUAUUUUGUUGGUUCUCUUUCAUUAUCAGGCUUUGCACUUUUUCUUGCAGAAAAUUUGAAAUAUUUACUUCUUCACACUGAAAAUGGCAGGACUUUGAGCUACUUUCUAGAAUUUAGCUCAAGAAAAAGGGAACUUUGUGAAUUUACUAUUUAGUAUCAAUAAAAUGAUGUCCAGAUCAUACACUAAUCUCUUUGAACUCGCCUCUGGCGAAGCACCAUUACCAUCAUCGGGUUUUGGUCGGGCCGGGAAGAAACUAUCGCGGGUUGCAACCGUACCAGGGGUGUUAUCGGAACUAGACGAUGAAGGUUUUAGUUCCGAUGCCCCAUCAUCGGUCUCUCAAGAGCAUAUGAUCAUUGUAGGAAACCAACUCCCGCUUCGGGUCAACAAACGACCCGACGGGAGUUGGAACUUCAGUUGGGACGAAGACUCCCUCCUGUUACAACUCCGAGACGGGCUUAAGGAAGACGUAGAGAUCACGUAUGUCGGCUGUCUUAAAGAAGAAAUCGACCCGAAAGACCAAGAUGAUGUGGCACAACAUUUGCUUGAAAACUUUAAGUGUGUGCCCGCGUUUAUACCCCCCGAGCUUUUUAGCAAGUUUUAUCACGGGUUUUGUAAGCAACACUUAUGGCCAUUGUUUCACUAUAUGCUUCCGUUAUCACCGGAUCUAGGUGGUCGGUUUGACCGGUCUCUUUGGCAAGCUUACGUUUCAGUCAACAAAAUAUUCGCUGAUAAGGUAAUGGAAGUGAUUAGUCCGGAUGAUGACUUUGUUUGGGUACAUGACUACCAUUUGAUGGUUUUACCUACCUUUUUGAGAAAACGGUUUAAUCGGGUCAAGCUCGGUUUCUUUCUGCAUAGUCCGUUUCCGUCAUCCGAGAUAUACCGAACGCUUCCUGUACGAGACGAGCUUUUACGGGCCCUUCUGAAUUCCGACCUCAUCGGAUUUCAUACUUUUGACUACGCACGGCAUUUUCUUUCGUGUUGUAGUAGAAUGCUCGGUUUAUCUUAUCAAUCUAAACGCGGUUAUAUCGGGCUUGAAUACUAUGGCCGUACUGUAAGCAUCAAGAUUUUACCGGUCGGGAUUCAUUUGAAGCAACUUCGAAACGUUCUUGAUCUACCUGAAACCGAGUCAAAAGUGGCGGAAUUACGAGAUCAGUUUCACGGUCGAACUGUGUUACUCGGGGUUGAUGACAUGGACAUCUUUAAAGGGAUAAGUUUGAAGCUUUUAGCGUUCGAGAAUUUGCUGACUCAGCAUCCGGAAAAGAGGGGUAAGGUGGUUUUAGUUCAGAUUGCAAAUCCGGCUAGAGGUCGAGGGCGAGACGUUCUUGAGGUCCAGUCAGAGACUCAUACGACUCGAGAAAGAAUUAACAAGAAAUUCGGCCGGCCCGGUUAUAAGCCUGUGAUCUUGAUCGAUAACCCGCUUCAGUUUUACGAGCGGAUUGCUUAUUAUGUGAUCUCCGAGUGUUGUCUUGUUACUGCUGUAAGAGACGGGAUGAAUUUGAUACCGUAUGAGUAUGUUAUAUGUAGACAAGGGAACGAAAAGCUGGAUGAAACGUUAGGGGCAAACCCGUCAACACCGAAAAAAAGUAUGCUAGUUGUCUCGGAAUUCAUCGGGUGCUCACCAUCUCUAAGCGGUGCCAUCCGGGUCAACCCGUGGAAUAUAGACGCAGUAGCGGAAGCUAUGGAUUCAGCAUUGGUUUAUGCUGAUGCUGAAAAGCAAAUGCGCCACGAAAAACAUUACAGAUACGUCAGCACUCACGAUGUCGCGUAUUGGGCCCGUAGCUUUUGGCAAGAUCUUGAACGAUCAUGCCGGGAUCAUGUGAGGAGAAGGUGUUGGGGUAUUGGGUUUGGGUUAGGGUUCCGCGUUGUUGCAUUAGAUCCGAAUUUCCGAAAACUUUCGAUCGAACAUAUUGUUUCUGCUUACAAACGGACUAAAAAACGUGCAAUUUUGUUGGAUUAUGAUGGUACUAUGACGCAGCAGAGUUCAAUCAGCACGGGCCCGAGUUCAGAAGUUAUCGAAAUAGUGAAUAGUUUGUGCCAAGACCCGAAAAAUGUUGUUUUUAUCGUUAGCGGGAAGGACCGUGUUACAUUGACCGAAUGGUUUUCUUCGUGUGAAAAACUGGGCGUUGCAGCUGAGCAUGGUUAUUUCUUUAGGGAAGAUAAGGAUGCAGAAUGGGAAACUUGUGUUGUGGUGCCGGAUUUUUACUGGAAACAAAUAGCAGAGCCGGUGAUGAAGUUGUAUACCGAAACGACAGAUGGGUCAACCAUUGAGACUAAAGAGAGUGGACUUGUUUGGAACUAUCAAUAUGCUGAUCCAGACUUUGGUUCGUGUCAAGCUAAGGAGCUUUUGGACCAUUUGGAAAGUGUUCUCGCUAAUGAGCCCGUUACAGUAAAGAGCGGGCAAAACAUCGUUGAAGUCAAACCACAAGGGGUCAACAAAGGGCUUGUUGCAGAUCGUCUUUUGACAACAAUGAAACACAGAGAAAUGGUACCGGAUUUCGUUCUUUGCAUUGGGGACGACAGGUCAGAUGAGGACAUGUUUGAAGCAAUCACAAGAGCAAUAGCGGCCCCGAGUCUUUCCCCAGUAGCCGAAGUCUUCGCAUGCACAGUCGGUAGGAAACCGAGCAAAGCCAGAUACUUUCUCGAGGACACAACCGAGAUCCUGAGAAUGUUGCAGGGCCUUGCUUCGGUUUCCGAGCAGCAGUCGUUAAACAACGUAACUAAAGGUAUUCAAAAAGUGGUCAUUGAGUAGGAGGAAUUUACCAAACUGCCAUUCUUCGAGUCCGUGUUUGUCUGGUUGCUUGUGAAUAACUAUCAUCUUCUCCGAAUUUGGCAUGAACGGAGAGGUUUAGUUUACAUGUUUUGAAAGGUUGAGAGAUUGGUGUUAUAGAGUAUGUAGUUGGUUGGUUAAACUUUGAAGUAAAUAAGUUGACUUCUGCUGCUUCAAGUCAAACUUUUAAGGAUAUGUAUUGUGCUUGUGGUUAUGGUCAACCCUAUUUCUGUAUUUGAUAGCAAUUAGUAACUUUUGAAGAUAAAUAAAAGACAAGAGUAUGAAAUAUAACAAUUGUUUGGCUUGGCCAUA